AUGCCUGGAAAGGGCAAGAUUUCGGCCGCCCUUCUCAGGUUUUCGAAAAGCUUUUCUUAUUUGAGGAGCAGCAGCGUGGUAGGAGUCGUGUUGUUUUCCGCUUGUCUUCCAGAGGUGAAGAGCGAACUUAUCAACUUUGACAUUGACUCGACGGAGGCCAAGUGCUUCAGAUUUUGUGGAAGACAGUUCAACCAAGAUGAAAACGGCGCAACCGUCGUUGUUGUUCACAACGCCCGUGGGCUUCGACCCAUUGUUCUUGACCUGUUCUCGCCCAUGCGCCGGCAAGCGGAAGUCUUCUGA